AUCACAGAGAAGAAUGGCGCGAGGCUCGUCCUAUGCAGGAAAGGAAAAACGCAUGUUGUAGCGUCUUCCACAGAGAUCACAUCACUGCGAUCAAGUAUAUGUACAAUAAUGUGUCCUGGAUGGGUGAAAGCAUCUCUGAGACGAUUUACACUGCCCUUUAAAUUGGCUUGCUCAGUCUCUUUCUAUACACAUCCUCUCACAUUAUCCCACUCCUUUUUGUCUGCCCAGAAGACUAUUGGAUCUUACUUUUACUCCACAUCAGUUUAUGCAAAUUGUAAAAUUAGCAAAAAAUUUCUUCCCACUCCUUCUUUUUCUUGUUCUUUCUCCCAGUCAGCCUCUCUGUUCCAGUCCAAUCACUCCUGUGAACCCAUGGAUUUAUCAGAACUCUUAGAGGUGCUUGAACAUUUGGCCCCCCUGUCAUUGGCAGAGCCAUGGGACAAUGUAGGCCUCUUGGUGGAGCCCAGCAAAAUCCAUCCUGUUAAAAUAGUCUUACUGACUAAUGAUUUGACAAUACCUGUCAUGGAAGAAGCAGAGGCCAUGAAUUGUGACCUCAUUGUCUCCUAUCACCCACCGCUGUUUCGACCAAUCAAGCGGUUACUUCAAAGGGAUUGGAAGCAGCAGUUGGCUAUCAGGGCAGUCAAAGCAGGAAUUGCAGUAUACUCUCCCCAUACUGCCCUGGACAGUGUGAGAGGUGGGGUCAAUGACUGGCUGAUUGGUGGAGUAGGCAGUGGCAGAGUGUCAGUGUUAAGUCAGGCUGCCAGUAGCAUUCCCCCGAGUCACAAACUGGAAUUCACUGUGAGAAAUCAAGAGGAAUUGAAAAUGACUCUGGCUGAACUAAUGGAUGCAGGAGUGAAGUUACCGUAUACUACCACCAGGUCUGAUGAUGAUGGGUACAAUGUAUGCCUCACCUGUCCUGACUCCGUCCUGGCUGCUACAGUCCAAACUCUGUCACGAUAUGUUACUCCUAAGGAAUCUCUUGCAAUACUGCAACUUACCAAGCCACCUCUCCCAGGUUGUGGUCAGGGGCGACAAAGCAUUUUGGAUGAACCCAUUUCCAUAGCUACAGCUGUGCACCGAAUCAAGUCACACUUGGGGCUCAGCCAUGUGAGGCUGGCUCUUGGUGACCAGCAUACUCUUGAGUCUGAAGUCACCACUGUGGCAGUGUGUGCUGGAUCUGGAGGCUCAGUUCUGCAAGGAGUGAAAGCUGACCUCUACCUCACAGGAGAAAUGUCACAUCAUGAGGUCCUGGAUGCUGUGGCUGCUGGUACAAGCGUUAUUCUGACUGACCAUAGCAACAGUGAGCGAGGUUUCCUCUCUGUGCUGAGAGAAAGGUUGUCAGUGCGUCUCUCUGACUCCGUCUCCAUCAAGCUGUCCCAAAGGGACAGGGACCCCCUGGAGAUACUCUGAAUCCAUAAGGAAUGCCACUGUUGAUUAGACAAUAAUUGACAGUCUGAAGUGACUUACAUUCUCCCACAAAUGUAUCUUAAAUGAAACCUAUCAGGAAGGUGCAGCAAAAUGUCUUGUAUAAAUCAGUUGUGUAAAUCAACAAAGACCAGUUGAGCAGAAAGCAGAAAAAUGAAGUGUCAGUCCCAUGUGUCCUCCAGUGUGCAGCUUAUGGACCUGCAUUCACAGUUGUUAAAUAAAAUGUACCAAAAAACA